AUGCAGGCCAUUUCGAAGCAGGUCCGGUCAGGAGGCACUCUCCUGCGCCAAUUGUCUCGCCGUCCCUACAGCUCCUCCGCGUCGCCCUACGCCGCCACCAUCGACAACCUGCGCAUCAACAGCGAGACCAAGGUCCUCUUCCAGGGCUUCACCGGCAAGCAGGGAACCUUCCACGCACAAGGAGCCCUUGACUAUGGCACCAAGGUCGUUGGCGGAACGAACCCCAAGAAGGCCGGCACCGAGCACCUUGGCCUGCCCGUCUUUGCCAAUGUCGCCGACGGUGUGAAGCAGACCGGCGCCAAUGCCACGGCCAUCUUCGUCCCCCCCCCUCUGGCCGCCGGUGGUAUUGAGGAGGCCAUCGCCGCCGAGGUCCCCCUCGUCGUCUGCAUCACUGAGGGUAUCCCCCAGCACGACAUGGUCCGCAUCACCUCGAUGCUCAAGUCGCAGAGCAAGACGCGCCUCGUCGGCCCCAACUGCCCCGGCAUCAUCGCCCCCGGCCAGUGCAAGAUCGGCAUCAUGCCCGGCUUCAUCCACAAGCGCGGCCGCAUCGGCAUCGUCUCCCGCUCCGGCACCCUGACCUACGAGGCCGUCAACCAGACGACCCAGGCCGGCCUCGGCCAGUCGCUCGUCGUCGGCAUCGGCGGCGACCCCUUUAGCGGCACCAACUUCAUCGACUGCCUCAAGGUCUUCCUCAAGGACGAGGAGACGGACGGCAUCAUCAUGAUCGGCGAGAUCGGCGGCUCCGCCGAGGAGGACGCCGCCGACUUCCUCAAGGCCAACAACACCGUCAACGGCGGCAAGCCCGUCGUCUCCUUCAUCGCCGGCAUCUCGGCGCCCCCCGGCCGCCGCAUGGGCCACGCCGGCGCCAUCGUCGCCGGCGGCAAGGGCGGCGCCGACUCCAAGAUCAAGGCCCUCGAGGCUGCCGGCGUCAUCGUCGAGCGCUCCCCCGCCGGUCUCGGCAAGGCCCUGCGGGACGAGUUCGUCAGGAGGGAUCUCCUGUAA